AUGAGCACCUAUUCAGAAGUAAAUCCUUUGUACAAUCAUCACCUUCGUCGUGCAAGGCACACAAAGAGUUAUCACCAUUCAAACCAAAGCAGCAAUAAUAUCCACAAUAAUGGCACCAAUAUAAUAAUGGCACCAAUAUCAUCACCAUUGCCAGCGCCUGUACCAGUACCAGCGCCAGUACCAGUACCAGUACUAGCACCACCAGCAUCAGCAUCACCAUUAUCAUUAUCAUCACACGGAAACCCAGUUUAUCAUCCCAUGAGCCCGGCCUCAGGGAUACGAGGAGGGGGAGAGUCACAAGAAAAACACAGGACACCGACACAUUUUAUCCCAACCCCAACCCACCACUAUAACUAUAAUUAUAACCAUAGCAACCACAGCAACCACAGCAACCACAGCAACCAUAGUAACCAUAGUAACCACAGCCAAAUUCCAUCGUCUAUGGGUCUGUCUUCCUCCUCCCCAUUAUCAUCCUCAUCACCAGGAACCACAAUCACGCGUUCAUCAAAUCCGAUUCCUCAUUUACGCUCUCCUCCUUCCCCUUCUCCUACUUCUUAUCUAUCGCCACCACACCAACAGAUUCUGUCAUCCACCAUCACCACACCAACACCAACAGCAUCAAACCUAAACUCAAACCUAAACUCAAAUGGACUCUCAUUCUCGCUUUCGCUCUCAAAUUUGAAUUCAAAUUCGACUUCGAAUUCACUUUCGCUCUCGAAUAGCUCGUUUUCCCUUUCAAACUCUACAUGGCUUAUUUUUAUGGACGAGAAAUGGAUUCCGUUCGACGUUCCAAACCAAGCCAAAUUGGAACACACUCUUUCACUGGGUGGAACCUUUGUGGAUAUCACCGACUCCCACUUCCCAAACGUCAAGCGUGUGCGAGUAUUCCCCAAAAGCAGCUAUCUCAGCUAUCUUGGCGUAAAAUACAGACUGUCUCGCAUCAUAGAACCCGAUGCCUGGCUAGACCAUGCAACUCUCCAGAGAGAUAGAGACAAUCUAGAGGCCAAUGACAGUGACAGUGACAAUGACAAUGCCAACGAUAAUAGUAAUAUUAAUAUUAAUAUUAAUAUCGAUAUUGAUAUUAAUGAUGAUGAUGAUGGUAGUACUGAUGAUAGACUUAUAGACAAAUACAGUGUACGAGUAUAUAUUGUGUAUUGUAUUGAUAGGGAUAGUGAUAGUGAUAGUGAUCAAUAA